UGCUGUAUCUUUGGAAAUAAAAAAAUAAAAUAAAAUAAUAAAACACAACCAGCUCUCAUUUUUCAAUAUAUUUAAUUCAUUCCUUCUUCUUCAACCUGUCGAAAUUUCAGCCACUUUCCUUCAAUUUUCUCCUCAAUCUGAAUCGGAAUCGGAAUCGGAAUCCGAUGUUAGAUUCUCUCCCGCCGGAGCUUUUGUUCUACAUCUUCCUCAAACUUCCCUCCAAAACCCUCAUCCUCUGCACCUGCGUUUCUAAACCAUGGCGUUCCUUCAUCACCGACCCUGCCUUCAUCCUCUCUCACCUCAAUCAAUCCAACACCAACCGCCACACCAAUCGCCGCCUCCUCCUCCUCCGCCGCUGCUACGCCACCGGCACCAAGAAAACCGAGCGCUACUCUCUGCAUUUCGAUUCCCAAACCUUGGAGAUUUACAAGGAAUUGAAGCUUCCUUAUGUUAAUUGGCACGACAAUUUCAAACUCGUUGGUUCUUCCAACGGAUUAUUGUGUUUAUUAGGUCCGAAUAUUUUCUUCUGGAAUCCUUCGAUUCAACGAUUCCUCGCUCUUCCUUGGCCUAGCGAUAUCUUCACCGUUUACGGCUCACCGUACAAGUACGCGCUUGGAUUUGGCUUCGAUUCUCGCGCAAACGACUUCAAGUUAGUCAGGUUAGUGUAUAUUGAAGGUGGACCGCCUAUGUAUGAUUAUGAACUUCCUCCUAGGGUUGAGUUGUAUCAGCUUAGUACUGGUUGUUGGCGACAAAUCACCGAUUCAGCUCCUUGCUAUGAAAUACUUAAAUCGCAAUGGACACAGAUUUUCAUGAACGAAGCUGUUCAUUGGAUUGCGUUCACUCGUAGUCGCAAAGGGUUUCGAUGUGUGAUUCUGAGAUUUCAUAUGGUUGGUGAAUUUUUCAGCACAAUUGCACUUCCGGAUUGUUUGGUGAAUGAAUUUCCACAGAAUUUGAAAGUUGCUGUUCUUGGAGGAGAACUUUGUGUUCUUCAAUGUGGUUGGUAUCCUUUUGGUAAUAGAUACGUUUCAUCUGUUUGGAUGCUUAGAAAAUAUGAUGUUUUUGAAUCUUGGGCAAAAAUUCUGAGUGUUGAUCCAUCUCAAGGGCUGGGAAUGGUUCUGGGUUGUAGAGAAAAUGGUGAAAUGCUCAUGACAUCUAGAAAUGGAGAACUGGUUUCGUAUAAACCAGAGAAUCAAAUUGUGAAGGGACUUGGCAUUCGUGGGGCUCAGGAUUCAUUCUUUGUGGAUACUUUUGUUGAGAGUUUAGCUCUUCUUAAUGAAGGGGAAAGAAUUGUGAAGCAAGAUUAUGAAGAUGAAGAUUGGGAGCUUGAAUAAUAUACACUCUCAACUCUCACCUGAAGCUUAAACAUUGGAUUGUAUCAACAGCAACGGAAUCACAAGGAUCAUCUAAGCACUCAAAUUUACUAAUCUUGGCAAAGUAUAAAGCAUGCUUUUGCAGAAAAAAAUGAGUUUCAAGAAAUACCUCUCGUAGAAAUUCUUCAAAGCUUCUUCACCAGCUAUCUUCUCCAAAUCUUGUUGUAGACCACCUAAAACAAGCUUGAAUCAAGGAUAGAAGAAGAAAUGCUCACUGUAGAAAAUCAGCUGAAGAACUUUUUCUUCAAACCAAUUUUUCUCUCAAAAUCUCUAUAGAUUGUAUGUUCAAUUUUCACUUCAAUCUUUUCAUUAUAUUGUAGAUCAACAUGCAAAGAAAAGAGUUGCAUGAGUUGUAGCUCGUGCUUGGAGAAGACAAGACAAAGAUAAUGUCAUCUGAGUGAGCUACUCGGUGAUGGAUAAUGGAAAAACCUUUUUUUUUCCA